AGGCCCGCAGGAGACCGCAGCCUCCGCAUGAUUGGCGUUCGAGUGCUGGUCUGCUGGCGCCGCAGCUGGCUUGCCAGAGCUCCCCCGGACCUCCCAGCGUCCCCGCCCCCGCCUCACCUCCGCGCGUCGUGUCCGCUCCCCCCGCGCCCGCGCAGCCUCCUCCCGAACCCGUACCGCAGCCAGCAGGCGAAGACGGCGUCCGAUUGCGACACGUCCAUACGGUAGCCGUCCGCGACUACCUGAAGAGGGAGACGCAGACGUUCUUCGGAGUGCAGAGGGACAAUGAGAGGGAGCAGAGGAAGCUGUGGCAUGAGAGGAGGAGAAGGCACGCGGCGAGGGCGUUAGGCGAUCUAAGGAUAGACCUGCCGCCGGAUUAUCACCCUGAUGACGAUGAUAUUAGUAUGUACGGAGCGUCGGGCGCUGCGCCGAGGGAGGCGCGGGGGCAGCGGGAGCGGCCGGACGUGCUGCCCGCGCCGCCCGCCGAGCCCGCGCCCCCGCACCCCGGCAAGGACAGCGUCGCGCGGCUCACCCUCACCGGCCUGUCCUACGUUGUUACUGCGGUGACGAGACGUUCACGCCAGUCCACGUCAGCGCAAUGGUCGCGAUCGUUCCGCGGCGGCGCCAGCAGCCCUCAGGACGAGGCCGACGUGGACGAGGUGUUCUUCGCACCGCAGACCCUCACCAUACCGCUGACGCAGCACCAUGAUGAGGAUCAAGUUGAUGGGUCGAAAGGUGGGCGGUCUUCACUGGGCUCCUCCAGUGUGGAGUACCGUCGGCCGGACCGGGCGGUGUCGUGGGGAGCUGGCGGCGUCCGCAUCCACACGCCCAUGUUGGAACCCCUCGCCGACAACUCCAACAGAAGGCAGUUUGGCAUGGGUGUGGUUGGGAGGUUUUUUAGGCGUUCACUUCGCAAGUCGGUGACGCACCAGGAGGACGUGGCGCGGCAGCUGGACGAGCUGACGGACUACCGGCCGUACUUCACGUGGUGGGUCAGCACGGUGCAGACGCUGGUGCUGCUGCUGUCACUCCUCUGCUACGGCUUCGGUCCGGUCGGCUUCGGGCGGCAUACGCACUCCGGACAAGUCCUAGUGAAAAGCCUUAGUUUACAGCAGGUGGAAUGGGAGGAGCCUGCAUCGUUCUGGUUAGGUCCACGAGCAGCAGAUCUUAUACAUUUAGGAGCGAAAUUUGCGCCUUGUAUGAGGCGAGACGCGAGGAUAGCGAGGGCAAUAGCUGCAUCAGCAAGAAGAGAAAGAGAUACGGCAUGCUGCAUACGAAACGACGAUUCGGGCUGUGUGCAAUCGUCUAAAGCAGAUUGUUCGAUACGAGGAUUGAUUCCAAAGAAUACAAUAUCAACGUGGAAGAAAUGGUCAUCGGGAGAAUCGGGUCCAGGGGGUCGAAUAUCUGGCUCGGUCUGUGGUUUGGAUCCAAAGUUCUGCGAAGCACCUCGUUCGAUAGCUCCACACGAAUGGCCUGACGAUAUAACGAAAUGGCCGAUAUGUCGGAAAUCUGUGAUAGACGGUUCUGCGGCGGCCGGUAGGGCUGGCCAUGCAGCGGAACACAUGGCCUGUGAAGUGAUAGGCCACCCUUGCUGUAUAGGAGUGCACGGACAGUGUGUCAUCACUACGAGAGAGCACUGUGACUUUGUUAAGGGUUAUUUUCAUGAAGAGGCUUCUUUAUGUUCACAAGUUUCUUGCUUAGAUGACGUAUGUGGAAUGCUGCCUUUUAUGAGACGCAGACGUCCAGACCAACUGUAUAGAGCUUGGACGUCAUUGUUUGUACACGCGGGACUUCUACACCUAGCAGCGACGCUAGCCUUGCAGUGGCUUUUCAUGAGGGAUUUGGAGAAAAUGGCUGGACCCGUCAGAAUGGCUGUUAUUUAUUUAGGAAGUGGUGUCGCUGGGAACAUGGCAUCAGCCAUUUUCGAGCCUUAUAGAGCAGAGGUGGGUCCGGCCGGUUCACACUUUGGUCUGCUGGCAUGUCUCAUAGUGGAGGUGAUCGGAGCGUGGCCUCUUCUGAAGCAUCCCCGUCGUGCGCUCUUGAAACUAAUAGGACUCGCGUUCGCUCUCUUUCUCCUCGGGCUGCUGCCUUGGAUUGACAAUUUCGCUCACGUAUUCGGUUUUGUGUUCGGAUUUUUACUGUCGUACGGUUUGCUACCGUUCAUCACGUUCGGACCUUACGAGAGACGGAGGAAGAUCGUUCUGGUGUGGGUGUGUCUAGUGUCAGCCGCCGGGAUGUUGUGUGCGUUGAUCGCGCUGUUCUACGCCGCGCCCGCGUACGAGUGUACGGCGUGCGCGUACUUCACGUGUCUCCCGUUCGCGCCGGACAUGUGCGCGUCGCAGGACGUGCGCGUGCGGCAGAUGGACGGCGUAUGACGGCGCGCGGCCCGGGCGCCCCCGCCGCCGCCGCCCCCCUGCCCCGCGCUCCUCACGCGCCCCCCGCCUCGUCGAACCUGCCGAAGUGCACAACAAUAAUAUCAUCCAAGUAAAAUUGUAACCUGGACAUGCCUUUGAACGUUAUAGAUAGGUAUCCGGCUUAGAUUUAUUCUUAUGGAUUUAAAACUUGUAGCUCCCGUUCGUUUGUAAAUUAAAUGAAGCACUGUUUACGUCCAGGGCUAUGAGUUGGUGUUCCGUUCUUAGCAUCCGACUACAGAUAUGAAUAAUUAAUUUCGCUUAAGUAAUAUGACAUCUCUAUGCACUUAUCGCUUUGAAACCAUUAGGGCCUGUUUCAACACUUCCAGAUCAAGUGCCGGAUAGGCUAUCCACAACUUUUGUGACAGAUUUUCCAUACUCUAUCUGUCAAGUUAGGUGGUGGAUAGGCUAUCUAGCAUUUAUCAGGGAGUGGUGAAAAAGGUCCUAAGUCAGAGUUUAAAAUAAACUCAGCGAUACAUUUUUUCAAUAUCAUCAAUGGCAUUUCAGCGAGAGUGGCUUUUGUGGGAGAGUGACUGUUUUGUUGAUUAUUCUUAGAAUAGGAAAUGUUAUCACCUGCUGUAAUAUUUCAACUUCACUGCCAUUAAAAUAUUAUGUAUUUGUAAACAGUAUUGCCUUAAUUUUUGCAUCAUGAAGACAAGCAAUAAUAAAGCUAUCAAAUGAGAUAUAUUCUAACGUCGCGAGAGCCCACAGAAAGAUUACAAUUAUUUUUAUUCGAUUUCAAAGGAAGAGAAGGUUUAUUUGAUCUGUUUGAUUUGUUUAUUUGAUGAAAAUCUGAGUUUUAUCAAAUAUCA